UAACUCAACAUUUUUUACGAUAAUUUGCCAUACACGGGUUACCACGACUUUUAUAGGGAUAGUGAUAAAAAAAAGUUAAAAUUUUAUUAUUAUUAUUAUGGAAUAAUUAUUUUUAUAGCUUCACCAUUGACUUCACUAAGGUAAGGUGUUUUUUACAACACAAGAUGUAUAAAAACACAUCCUUUCGUACAUUCGUAUUGUUUUCCAUUCGUACUUCUCUGUGGUAACAUCAAGCAUUAAUUGAUCCAGCGUGGCUUAAGGUCUCAGAUCGGACUUCAUACCAUCAGUUGUAACGAGCAAUUUUGUAAAAAUAGGUUAUUCAGGAAUAAAACUUAACCAAAACACGUUUACUAUGGAUUAGAUUAAAUUUAACGAAUCUUUUUAGUAAGCACAAUUUUUGCGUUGUUGUUGAAAGCAAGUUCAAGCGAUUACUAUUUCAACCAUCAUCAUCUUUUUUGGUAAGAAAGAUGCCUUCGAAUAUGCGAUAUAUGUUUCUGACAAGUUUAGUUGUCUCCUCGACAUAUCUUUACUUCUACUACGCACCUUACUCAAGCAUUUCAGUCCAUAUAUAUACAAGCUCAUCAUGUGAUGAGUAUUUGCCACCUAUGCAAUGCUUAAAAGAAUAUAAUGAUCCAUGUCAGACGUUCAUUGAUUGGACCUUAAAGUCAGACAAUAAAACUCUGCAUACAAAAUUAGAAUUUAGCGAAUUCAUGUUUGACAUCAAAUCAACUAUGGAAAAGAGCUACAUAAAAAUUAUUACUUACAAUAAAUUAAAUCAAAGCAAACUGAUUGGUGGAGACUUCUGGUGGAUGAAUGUGGUUGGUCCAUCAUCAUUUCAUGUUGAAUUGAAGGAUAACAACAAUGGAACGUAUGAAAGUUUUUUUAGUUUUGUAGAACCUGGUAAUUAUACUGUCACGGUUGAGUUGAUUUGGAGUUUAUGUGAUGGUUUGAGAGACCCUCCUUCGUGGUGGUUUAAGAGUGGGGAUGAGCAAGGCAAAUUUCAGAAGCGGGGAUCGUUGGGUGUCGACACAUACAUAGGUAAAAAAAAAGAGUUCGCAUUUACUAUAUCAGAAAGCAAAACAAAGAAAAGUUUGCAUAACAGAAAACGAAACUUUGUCAAAUUCAAGAGAGAAUGCCAACCAAUCAAUUCUCCUUGUGGAUAUUGGAAAAACCAUCAGCAAUUUAUUACACCUCACAAUCCUAACAUCGUUUGUCAGGAUAAUAUAAAGCCUCCAGAGAAUUCGACAAUUUGGUUUUAUGGUGAUUCCAUGCAAUUGUUGACGUAUCGUUACUUUAUAAACAAAACACUUUGCAAGAAAUUCUUCAAAUGUGGUGUUUCAUAUAAUUGGAACUACCCAAAUCCUCCUUCCAAGGGUAUUUUUGAUAACAAAGACUUCAACAAAAGCAUUAUCUUAAACUCCAUUGGAAAUGUCCUACUGCAAAAAGAUAUGAGGCAGCGUUCAAGCGUAUUUUAUGUCAACUUUGGUGUGCAUAUUUUAAUGGCUAUACCUUUUAAACAAGCUGUGGAUCUGUUACAAAGUUUUGUAGAACUUGUCCAAACUUUAAAAUCAAAGUUGGGUGAAAAUUUCCCAAGGAUAAUUUGGAAGACAACUACUCCGCCAUUUCGACGGGAGUAUUAUAAGUACAACGAAGAUUUUAGAAGAUUCUUAACAAAACAGAGAAUGAUUUUAUGGAACACAUACUGCAAAGAAAUGAUGUGUCGAGCAAAUAUUCCUGUCAUAGAUGUUUAUUACGUCACAGCCUCGUUUACACUUGGAGCAAAAGAUGGUCUACAUUUUGCUGAUCAUGUAUACGAAAAUGCGAUGUCAGCAUUUGAAUCUUAUGUGUUGAACAAUAAUGGUUACGUGGAAUGAACCAGGUUUGACAAUGUUCAGCUUAAAGGACAUAUUUCUUAUAGACAAUUUUACACUUCAUGGUACAUAUUUAAAAAAUAUAUAUAAAGUCCAUUCUUCCGAGUUGUUAUUAUAUUGAUUUAAAAUAAUUUUUAUAAGUAAUUAUGAAUUUAAAGAAACCCAGUUGCAGCUAGUUUAGGGUGUCACGAUAACCACACUUUUCCAAAAAAACACGGUCAAACUCUCAUAAACAAUAUCAUACACAAUUUCACAACUUUUCGUCACGCCUCAUUGCACAAAAUU